AUGCCAGAUGCUCUAGCCGGACUCGGCGCAACCUUGAUCGGCCUCUCCCUCACCAUCUGGCUCUCCUCGACUUGCUUGCACUACACUAGCUCGUACGCUCGACGAACGCUCGACCAUGGAGUUUGGAAGCUCGUGAUUGGCUUUCUCGCCCUCGUCAACACGGCGCACACGGCGGUCUUAUGCUACGAGCUCUACGUGGAGCUCGCCCGCGACCAGCGAGGGAGCGACGUGAUCACCCAUCUCUAUUUUGUCGCGAAGCUGGCAACCUUGUACGACGGACGGCCGCAGAGCAUCCUGGUCGCCUCUUCCUUCCUCUUCUCCUGCAUUUCCUUAGGAUUCGGCAUCGUCUCGGCGUACAGCUCAAAGCAGUUCGACGUCUCCCUCUUCGGUUUCGAUCUGCACAGCAAGUUUGGCUGGCAGCUGUUCGCCUCGAGCUUGUCAGCAAUUCUUGCCGACACGGUCAUCUCGAGCGGUAUGCUCGUCCACAUGCGGUCCGGCAAGUACGCUGCGCGGGAAGAGACGGUCCUCGAGGUCAUCUCUCGCUACUUCCUGGAGACCAACUUGCUCGCGACAAUCGUCCGCAUUCUCUCGCUUGCCUUCCUCCUCGCCUGGAACGCCGAAGGACGGGAAAGCGGAGGCUCUCUUGCUCUUUCCUUCGUUCUGCCCGGACUGUAUCUCCUUUCAAUGCUCGCCUCUCUUGACGCAGUCGAGGAUGCCGCUCAAGCCGGGCUUUCUCGAACCAUGAAGCACGCUUCGAGCCUGUCCGAUAUGUUCAAAGGCGUCCCGCUGAACCGGAUGGACAGCCCCGCCACUCGCGAGCGCUACCUCCCGUCGCAAAUCUCCGCAACUCCCAUCGCAGACCGCUUCGCUGGCGGAGCGACGAGCUCUUCAGACCAACGGAGCUGGCUUAGACGAACGUUACAACCCGCCUCGACACCGCUUCAGCCAGGAUCCGUUCCUCUUCCGACGAGUCAAGAAACGACCGCGCUUCCAAAGCACGCCAGCCGACCUGUCACUGCCUUCUCCGUAUCCGACUACGGCGACUACCUCGGCUUGGAGGGCGAGACGAGCGAGAAGAAGGGUCGUCCCGUCGGCUUGGUCAGCUCUCCUCUCGCCAACGGCGCUAUCAGUACGUCGGUGGACGUUCCCGCGCAGACGCCGACUCCGCGGCGAGCGACUUUCGCGCUGGAGGACGAAGGCAAACGAGGGAAUCCUGGAACUCCUACCGGCGGCACUGUCGUCGAGACGACGGCGUUCGCGUUGGGACGCAAGCCUGUUGCGUAUGGCUAUCUGUAG